AUGGCGCGCAUAUUCCUCACCCGUCCUCGCCCCCGCCCCCUACCCAUAGGCGCAUCCCGCGCCCUCACCCGCACCCUCAUCCCCCAGCCACCAAGACCGCUCAUCACCCCCCGCCCUCUGCCCACCACCUUCUCCCCCACCUCCCCCGAGGCGGAUACCAACAGGAAAUGGAUGGAAGAGUUGAUACGCGAUACAGAAGAUCUCCGGGCGAGAGCGAGAGAAGGGGGUGGCAAGGAGGUGUUGGAGAGGUGGAAGCAGCGGGGGAAGGGAAAGCUUGCUGUGCGAGAACGAGUGGCGGCGUUACUGGACCCCGCGAGCCCGUUCAUAGAGCUCUCGCCAUUGGCAGCCCAUGAAGUGUACCCGGAUCCCCUGCCCGGGGCUGGUAUCGUCACCGGCAUCGGCAUGGUAGCGGGCCGGAAGUGUAUGAUCAUAGGCAACGACCCGACCGUCAAAGGCGGUACCUACUUUCCUCUUACUGUCAAGAAACAUCUCCGAGCACAACAGAUCGCUCUGGAGAAUCAACUACCCUGCAUCUACCUAGUCGAAUCUGGCGGUGCCGCGCUUCCAUACCAAGCCGAAGUCUUUCCCGACCAUGAUCACUUUGGCCGUAUUUUUUACAACAUGGCCCGCAUGUCUUCUCUGGGUAUCCCCCAGAUCAGCGUCGUCCAUGGGAUAAGCGUCGCAGGCGGUGCGUAUAUGCCGGCGAUGUCUGAUCUGGUCAUCAUCGUGAAAGAGCAGGGCCACAUCUUUCUCGCGGGACCGCCUUUGGUCAAAGCUGCCACGGGCGAAGUCGUCAAUGAAGAAUCUCUCGGCGGUGGAGAGAUGCAUACGUCGGUUUCUGGCGUUGCAGACUACCUCGCCCAAUCUGACUCCCACGCCCUCUCCCUCGCCCGCGAAGCCAUCCACGACCUCUCCCCCUCCCCCUCCCCCUCCCGCUCCCAGAAACACAUCCAACCCCCCCUCUACCCCGCCGCCGACCUGAACGCUCUCAUCCCCCCCGACCCCCGCCAAUCCUACGACCCCCGCGAACUCAUCGCCCGCCUCGUCGACGCCUCCCAAUUCCGCGAAUUCAAACCCUCCUACGGCCCCACCAUCGUCUGCGGCUUCGCCCAGAUCCACGGCUACACCGUCGGUAUCCUCGCCAACCACGGGCCCAUCCUCUCCCCCUCUGCUUUGAAGGCGACGCACUUUAUCACGACGUGCUCGAAGCACGGGAUACCGUUGGUGUUUCUGACGAAUGUCAGUGGGUAUAUGGUUGGGGAGAAGGCGGAGAGGGGGGGGAUAGCGAAGGAUGGGGCAAAGAUGGUGAGGGCGGUGGCGAGGGCAAAGGUUGAAAAGUUUUCCAUCAUUGUCGGAGGCAGUUUUGGGUGAGCACCCCUCUUUCUCUCUUUCUUCCUUUCUUGUGGGGGGUAUGGACUGAUGGGAGGGGGAAGAGCGGGGAAUUAUGGAAUGUGCGGCAGAGCCUACUCGCCGAGGUUCCUCUUCAUGUGGCCCAACGCCAAAGUCGGCGUCAUGGGCCCCGACCAACUGUCCACCGUCAUGCACAGCGUCGAAGGCAAACGCCCCGGGCAGCAGACGGACGCGCAAAAAGAAAAGGCAGAGAAGAAGAGGGAAGAGUUGAAGAGGAAGAUUGAGGGGCAGUGUCGGGGGAUUUAUGCGAGUGCGAGGAUCUGGGAUGAUGGGAUCAUCAAACCUACUGAUACUCGGGAUAUCCUUGGGCUUGGGCUCGAGCUCGCACACGAAGAACGCGCUCUCAGAGGGCACGGUUCUGGGGGUGGUACGAGAGGUGAAGUCGGGGCUGAUGGAGAUGCCGGCGACUGGGGUAUCUUCCGCAUGUGACCAGUUUGUAUAUACAAUCAAGAUGAAUACAUGUACUCAGAU